AUGAUUCAUAGUCUAUUCAUUAUUAAUGGAUCAGGAGAUGUCUUUAUGGAAAAACAUUGGAAAACCGUAGUAGGAAAAUCAAUAUGUGAUUAUUUUUUCGAAGCUCAAUCAAAAUGCACUAAUUCAGAGGAUGUUCCACCUGUUAUUGCUACACCUCAUCAUUAUUUGAUAAAUAUAUUUCGUAAUAACCUUUAUUUUGUUGCUGUACUUACCAAUGAAAGUAAGCUUAAAUUUCAAAUAUUUACUCAAACUUGA